UGAGCUCAGUUACGAUUUGUCUGUGAGGGGGAACGGACGCUACGCAAACCCUCUCCCGUCUCUCACUCGUGUGGCUGAUACCAACACACACUCUUCCCUCCUCUCCUCCUCUUCCCCCUUCCUCUCCUCCUCCUCUUCUUCCUCCUCUAGCAGCGUAGCGAGAUGGCCGAGGACGGGGCAAGUGAGAUAUCGGAAUGGUACCGAGGUAAAAAUGUAUUUAUCACUGGGGGCUCCGGGUUCCUGGGAAAGGUCCUGUUGGAGAAGCUCUUGAGAACGUGCCCUGUUAGAAGGAUAUACCUGUUAAUGAGGCCAAAGAGAGGGGUGGAGGUGAACCAGAGACUCGACGAUAUCUUCAACUAUAAGGGGGCGGACCUAGCCGACCCCCUCUCCAACAUCCGCGGUGGAAGGACCAAUGAAAGUACGUUGUUCGACGGCAUAAAGAAAACACAGCCAGAGGUGAUCCAGAAGGUGUUUGCGGUGCGCGGCGACAUCACAAUGGAGGGUCUUGGCAUCAGUGACGAGGACGAGGCGAGGCUGGUCGAGGAGGUCAACAUCGUCUUCCACGCGGCCGCCACGAUUAACUUCCAGGAACCGAUGCGCGUGGCGGUGAAUAUGAACAUGCUGGGUACCAAGCGGGUCGUCAGUCUGGCUAAGAAGAUGAAGAACUUACAGUCCCUCGUCUACGUGUCCACGGCGUACAGCAACUGCCAUCUACCUGAGGUGUACGAGGAGCUGUACCCCGCGCCCAUCGACCCCUCCAGACUGAUCCAGCUGACGGAGUGGCUGGAUGACGAUCUGCUGGAAACUCUCACGCCCAAACUCGUGCAGCCGCGCCCCAACACCUACACCUACACCAAGGCCCUAGCCGAGCACCUGCUGGUCACCGACGGCGCCAGGCUGCCCAUCUCCAUUGUGCGACCCUCCAUCGUGUGCGGGUCGUGGCGGGAGCCGAUGCCCGGGUGGGUGGACAACCUCUUCGCCUUCACGGGGCUGCUGGUGGGCAUGAGCAAGGGCGUCCUCCGCUCCCUCUACAUCAAGCCAGGCAUCACGCUGGACUUUAUCCCCGUAGACUUCCCCAUCAACCUCAUGAUCGUCUCCGCCUGGAACACCGCGGCCGGCAGAUACAAACCCAGCUCCGUGCCCAUCUUCUGCUGCUCCACGGGCACCCAGAAGCCCCUCACCAGCGACGACCUGGCGAUACACCUGGAGAAGUCUGUGCGAGCCUUCCCCUUCAACUCCCCGCUGUGGUACCCGGACGGCUCGGCCAAGACCAACAAGUUCAUGCACCAGUUGCAUAUCAACCUCGUCAACAUCUUGCCCGCGCACUUGGCAGACACCAUUAUGCGCAUGAUUGGGAAGAAGCCGAUCGCCGUCAACCUCUGCAACAAGAUGGUGAAAGCCGUUGGCGCGCUGGAGUACUUCAUGCUACGCGAUUGGGUCUUCCACAACACACGCUCGCAAUGCCUCUGGGACACGCUCUCCCCAACCGACCAGGAGAUCUACCACUUCGAUAUAGACUCCCUGGACUGGGGCGCUUACAUCGAGACCUACCAGAAGGGCUGCAAACAGUACAUCAUGAAGGAGGAGCUGAAGGACUUGCCAAAGGCCCGAAGGAACAUGAGGAAAAUGCACUUCUUCCAUCGUCUAGUCCAGCUGAUCAUGAUGUAUGGAGUUUGGUGUCUGCUUGCGUCUGAGUCGGCCACGCAUUGCUACUCUGUAUUCUUCAGGGGCGCGGCCAAGAUGCUGUCCCUUCCCGUUCUUGCGGCCGCGGAGGAGUUCGAUGGGGAAGGUGUUGAGCUGCCUGACGGUGUUGAGGUCGACGAUGUGGCUGGUAUGGAUGCGGUGUUAUAGAUGGGAGUGGUAGAAUGUAGAAUGUGGUUGGGGGGAGGGAGGGUCUGUGUGUGUAUGUGUGUGUGUGUUUGGGUUAGUUUUUAGUGGUAUGUUUAGAUUUUUUAGAGUUAUGGUUCAUGUGUUUUGAGGAAUUUGCGUGUGUGUGUGUGUGUGUGUGUGUGUGUGUGUGUGUGUUUAUGUCUGGCCAGUGCCCGAUGUAGUCACCUGUCUUCUUUUUCUUCUUUAUUCUCAUUUUUUUCUUCCCUUCUUCUGUCCUCUUUCGGUGAGGUUAGACAAGAUAGUUUUCCCUCCCUUCUCCUCCCAUUUAUAUUCGUUUUUCUUUUUCUUUCUCUUUCCCUUCCUUCACUCCCUCCCAUCUUCUUCCCUUCCUCACCUCCCUCCCAUCUCUCCUCCCUCUUGCCUUCUUUCCCUUCCUCUGUCCUUCCAUCCCUUUCCUUGCCUUCUUUCCCUUCCUUCCUUCCUUCCCCUUGCCUUCUUUCCCUUCCUCAGUCCUUCCUUCCCCUUCCCUUUCCUUGUUUCCUUUCCCUUCCUUCCUUUCCCUUCCCUUUCCUUUCCUUGCCUUCUUUCCCUUCCUUGUCUUUCCUCCCUUCCUUCCCCUUCCCUUCCAUUCUUCCCUAACAACUACCUCCCCUCACCCAUCCCCCCCCUCCUUAACCCAUCACCUCUCACUUCAUAUGCCAUUUCUACCUCGUCAAAUCUGGCAGAGGGACCCCCCAUAUCCCCCCCCCCCCCCUCCUUUCAGUUCACCCCCCAGCUGCCCCCCAACUUGUCUGGGCAUUUUCCCCCCACUCCCCCCUUUCUUGUUCACUCCCCACCCCCACCCCCCCAUCUUGCUUUUUAAUAUGAUUUUAUUUUUUAAUGUCAUUCUUUGUUUUUUUCUUUUCGAUUUUUAUUUUAUUUUUGAAUUUUUUUGUCAUCAGUUUUGCUUUUUGUUGUCUAUUUAAUGCUAUGCUAAAGACUUUUUUUUGUGUGUGUGUGUGUCAGUGUGUGUGUGUGUGUGUCUGUGUGUGUGUGUGUGUGUGUGUGUGUGGGUUUAGCCGAUUGGACUUUUGCGUUCGAUGCUUGUUCUUUUCUUUACGAUCAAGUGAUUUUACAUGAAACUGAUAUUGACAAAAGCCAUAUUUUGAAAUGAUUUGGAGAUCUCGAAACAAAUUCACGAACCCUGAAAUCACACGAGAAAAGUUAUGUAUAUAAAUGAAAACUAAUGAUUACUUGGAAGCUCCAGAUUCAUGAAAAUGUAAAUGAAAACAAAUCGUAUUUUUAUGAAAACUAAGGCAGGAUGGGAAGGAAAGAGAGAAUGGGAGGAAAUACAAAUCAAAUCAGAUCAACACUCAGGAAGAAAGGGAAGAAAAAAAUCAAAUCAAGACUAAAAUGGAAGUAGAAAAAGAAGAAAAUAUAAAGGAUGAAAAAGAAACGGGAGAAAAACAGAACAGCACUGAACGCCGAGCCAAAACUGAAAUGAAGAAAAUGGAAAAAGAAUGAAAAACAAACGGGAUAAAAAACAGAAUGAGAUUAAGAACAAGCAAUGAACCCCGAGCCAAAACUGAAAUGAAGGAAGUAGAAAAAGAAGAAAAUAGAAAAAGAAUGAAAAAAAACAGGAUAAAAAACAGAAUGAGAUUAAGAACAAGCAAUGAACCCCGAGGAGGAAUGAAGGAAGUAGAAAAAGAAGAAAAUAGAAAAAGAAUGAAAAAAAAAACAGGAUAAAAACCAGAAUGAGAUUAAGAACAAGCAAUGAACGCCGAGCCACUCUGCUUAACCCAGCCCAUCGCCGUAGCCAGCCCCUGUAAAUAUAAGUAUAAAGAUUCAACAUAAUGUAUAGAUGCAUUGUAAACUACAGUCACAUUUUUUUUCAUAGAUGUAAACAACCAUAACAAUACUUUUUAGCCCUUAAGUGAUGCCUGUCUCGUGUAUUAUAUCUUUAAGCUUAUGUUUCGAUGUGUAUUUUCAUGAUUUUUUUUGUUAUGUGUUAUGAAUAUAGACCAGUUGAAAUGAGAGAAAUAAAAGGAUAAUUGUUUUUUUUUAUGUUUUAUCAUAUGUUUUCAUCUUGUUGUUUUUUUAUAUAUAUUGUGUGUUAUGAAUAUCUGCGUCAAAGCCAAAAUAAGAAGAGUAAAGAUUAUUUUUUAAAGUCUUGUAUAAUGAUAUGUAUCGAGAUGUGUUAUGAUAUGUUUUGAAGAAUUCUGGGAAGCUCAUUUUUAUUAUUGUUUUGGUUUUAGGUUAAGUAUUUUUUUAGUCAUGACAAUUCCAUAAGUGUAGAUUGUUGUAAUGCGUCUGGUCUACGUUUUCAUUUGUAUUAAUUUGUUAUGAGAGACUUCUUGAAACUUCCGUCCAGGGGCGUUCUAGCACAAGUGGCGCCCCUACCGAGAACCAGAAUGAGUUAGUCCCCGCCCACGCCCACUCAAGUCGAAUGUACUCAAAUUUCAGUCAUGCAAAUUUUGAAACGAAGAUGAGAAUGAAAGUGAGGGAGAUUAAAGAAAAUUGUAGUUUACGAUGUAUGACGUUGAUGGAAAAACUGACUUAUUGAAUAAAAUAGUAUUUGGAGACGAAUGUGUCGUGUGAAAUUGAACUGCAAAAGAUAGAAAGUAAUAUUGAUGGUGGAAGAAUAGACGAAAUGGAAGCUCUGAAUGUGAUAGAAUUAUAAUGAUGACCAAGAACAGGACACAUUGUGGAACCAAAUUGUAUCUCCUGGACCCUUGAAAAUAAAGACCCAAAGUUAACCGACAAUGUAAACAAAGAGAAGACAUUGAAAAAAUAAAUGAAAAAACAACAGAUAAACAUGAUCCUGAUAAUAACAGAAAACGAAUGCCACUUAACUUACCUAAAUCUGUAAAAUGAAAAAUAUAACAAAGGAAGAAAAUGAUAUGUAACAAAAAAAAUGAAAAUGUAUACUCGAGAAGGGAAAAAAGUAAAAAUAUAUUCAGAAAAGUGAAAAAAAAACUACGAAGCUGACAUAGAAGGAAUAUUCAGAGAGAACCAAAGCACCGCCACGCUGGAAGAGUAACUAAGAUAAAACUAAUUAAUUAAGGUCAUCAACAGGUGUGGCAAGAGUUCCUUUACCUUUCUUAAUGUGCUUUUUCAUAUAUUUUUUUUGGGUGGAGGACAUCUUGCCAACCUCAACCCCCUCCCCCUCCCCCUCCCCCUCCUUCCUCUCCCUGUCUUAAUCCUUCUUUCUUCCCCUUUCUCUUAUAUUUCCCUCUUUUAUUCAUCCUCUUCCCUUAAUCCUCGUUCAUUCCCUUCCUUUUCCCUCCUCUUCCUCCUUUCUCUCCUUAUCUUAAUCCUCCUUUCUUUCCCUUUCUCUUAUAUUUCCCUCUUUUAUUCAUCCUCUUCCCUUAAUUAAUCCUCGUUCAUACCCUUUCUUUUCCCUUCUCUUCCUCCUUUCCUUCCUUCCUUUCUUUCCCUUUCCUUCCAUUUUCUAAUCUAUUCCUCCAUUCUCUUUUCCCGUUUCUCUCCUCUCCCUUCUUCUUCCCUCCUUCCCUCCCUUCUUGUAAUAAUGGAAGAGGGUUGGAGAGAAAGAAAGAGGGUUGUCUCCAAAGUCCUCUUCCUCCUCUUCCUCUUCCUCUUCCUCCUCCUCCUCCUCCUCCUCCUCCCCUCCACAGUGUUUGCUCAUGUAUCUAGUUUUAAGUAUUAUUAUUUUUUUCCCCUCCGGCACUCCCUCCCCAUUGUUCUCUUUCUCUCCUUCACCUCCUGUAGAUAAAGAAGGCAGAGAAGAAGAACCGGGAAUGAUAAAGAGCAAUCGUGUUUUUGAUCCAUAAACAAAUGUACAUAGACUUCAAAAAUGAGACCCAGUGAGGCUUUGAAAAAUUUGCCAUAAGAAGAAAAAAAGGAGAAGAAUAAAGAAGAAAAUAUAAGAAGAAAAGGAGAAUGAAGGUCCGUGAAGGUUGAAAAGUUUGUGAAAGGAAGAAAAGAUGAAGAAAAGAGAAAAUGAAAGGAAGACAAGUUGUGAAAUUAAGGAAAAGACGAAGAAUAAAGAAAGAAAGGAAGAAAAAAGGAAAUGAAAGGAGAAGAAAAUAAGACGAAGAAUAAAGAAAGAAAGGAAGAAAAGCUGAAGAAAAAAGGAAAUGAAAAGAAGGAAAAGUUAUGAAAAGAGAAGAAAAAUUUGUGAAAAGAAGAAAAACCAAGAAUAAAGAAAGAAAGGAAGAAAAGAUGAAGAAAAAAGGAAAUGAAAAGAAGGAAAAGUUAUGAAAAGAAGAAAAAAUUGUGAAAAGAAGAAAAAAAACAAGAAUAAAGAAAGAAAGGAAGAAAAGAUGAAGAAAAAGGAAAUUAAAAGAAGAAAAAAUUGUGAAAGGAGAAGAAAAAAUUUACGAAAAGAAGAAUAAAGAAAGAAAGGAAAAUAAAGUAGAAAGUUGACUAGAAAAAUAAAUAAAAAAAAAGUGAGGGAGAGAGAGAGAAAAAAAAGAGGGAGAGGAAAAAUAAAAUGCCGUGAGUUGUAGUGUAAUUAUUAACCCAUCAUUAUUAUUAUUAUUAUUAUUAUUAUUAUUAUUAUUAUUAUUAUUAUUAUUAUUAUUAUUAUUAUUAUUAUUAUUAUUAUUAUUAUUAUUAUUAUUAUUAUUAUUAUUAAUGCUGUGUAUAUUGUUGCUCAGAGGAUUCGUUCACAACAAGAUAAGAUUAUACACGUUAAUGAACUUCAAAAUACAAUAAGUGAAUAAAUAAAUACAACAGAUAAUUACUUUUUUUUUAAUAGAUUGAUUAUUAUAAAGGUUGAUGACUUUAUUUUAUUCUCUGUGUUGGUGACCCCCCGUGUGUGUGUGUGUGUGUGUGUGUGUGUGUGUGUGUGUGUGUGUGGAAAGGGGAAGAAAGGAGAGGAGGAGGAGGAGGGGAAAGGAAUAAACAAAGAAGAGGAAAAAGAAGAAAGGGAAGGAAAGAGGAAGAGGAAGAAGAGGAGGAAGUGUGUGUGUGUGUGUGUGUGUGUGUGUGUGUGUGUGUGUGUGUGUAGGGGCGGCCAGCUGUCAUUAUCAUUGUUAUUAUUAUUGUCAUUAUUGUGUAUUAUCAAGACUAUUAAUACCGUUUGUGUGUACAGUAAUUUUAUAUUUAUAGUGUUAUGAAAUAAUAAACAAGAAUACAGUGCUAA